AUGGCGAGCGGAGACGUGAACAUUCACACAGACAAGGAGAUUCCUCCAGUGCUCAAGUCGGCCAUCGGCGAGCCGAAAAAGACCGGAUACAAAUUUCCACAUAUUCUUUUCCCUUACAAGUCGCGCUACCGCUCGCCUCACCGACAGCGCUGGUGGCCAGGCUCGGUUCCGCGCUUCCCCCUCCAUUCCCACCCGAAGCGCUGGGCGUCUCGGCACGAGCUCUCAUUUGCGUUUUUCGCGUUUCACGGGUUGAAGAGCGGCGCCGAGCGGAAUCUUUACGAACUUAUGCACAGCCUGCCUCUCCGAGGCGCCUCGUCGUGGUUCUGGCGAGAAGCUGACGCGGAUCCGUGGAAACAUGCGGGCCGUAAAGCCAGUCGACUCCAGGCGCGGGGUGUACGUACAGUCGACACUCCUGAGGAAGUAGAAUCGGCAGAGCAGGAAGCCUGCAGCGCAGAGGUUCCGGGGCACACGCAGGAUGAAACGUCGACCGGAGCAGAGGUCUGUCGACGCAGACUGCCGAAAGCGGCACGAAAACAGCUCAUUUUCUCUCCCAACGAGAUUUAUUACAAGCACCGGCCUUUCAAGGCGCUGGUCUUCGGCCGCUUGAGUGUUGCCCAGCUGGGGGUCGCUGCGCCCGCCGGCGGCCUGGAGCCAGGCGCCUCUCAGACUUCGUCCUCAGACUCCGCAUCCGGCGGCGAGCGAGCAGAAGGCAACAGAGAGGCACAGCUUGCUCGUUACCUGAAGCACCCCUUGCUCAUCAGCGGCCGCAGUCGCGUGGCGCCUCCGCACGCCUCGCUUGGAGGCUGGCGGUGGACGCCUCCUGCGGAUGCCAGCCGGUGGGUUUUCCGACCCAAAUUCCCGUUGCCCUGUCGCCCCGAUCUCUUCGAACCAGAUGCUGAAGAGCAUGCAGGCAGGGCCUGA